UUCCCCCCUGUGUCGUCGUCGCGCGGCCGUGUGUGAGUGUCUCUCUCGUCCCCCUUUGCAGGAGGCUCCGCUCUGGCUUGCAGCAGGCUGUUGUGCUCGGGAGUCGGGACUGUCGUCGGGAGCAGUGUGUAGCUCGCGGAGAGCCGUCGUCGCCGUCGUGUGCUAUAUACAUCGCACAUAUACUUGUCGGUAUAUAUUACGCCUUGCUUCCUUCCGCGCGGGCGGUGUGCGAGAGAGCAUCGUAUGUAGCGCACAGUACAGUGAGUGAGUUUCGGGGAUCGUUUCGUCCAUCCGCACACACACAAGAAGAGCGAGAGAGAGAGCUCUACUCUACGGACACACAUACACGCAAUAAUAUAUCUAUAUACGUGCAUCGGCGACGGUGGCGGAUACAUCGCUAGGCCUUGCCGCCUUCUACUCAGCAGCAGUAGUAGUAGUGGUAGUAUUCGGCUCUCUCUCUCUCUCUCUAUCCCUUGAAGGAAGAAGAAGAAGAAAAGGAAGAAGCGAGUCGAGCAGCAGUGGCCUCGAGAUGACGAGGAGAGAAUUUCCCGCGGGCCUACUGUAGCUCAUAGCGCCUCCCUCUGACAGGAGCCUCGCCUCAGCGCAGCGUCAGCGGAGCCAACGGACGCGCUUCGCCUCCACAGGAAGAGUGGCCGAGCUCGGAGUCCGAAGUGUCGGAUAGCGAAGGAGAGCCAGCUGCUGGCUCGAGCGGGCCGGCGAUGGACGACAGCGUGAACAAGCGCCAGGCGACUCGCGUCUUCAAAAAGUCCAGUCCCAAUGGCAAGAUCACCGUCUACCUCGGCAAGCGGGAUUUCGUCGAUCACAUCAGCCACGUCGAUCCAAUUGGUGAGUAUUUAACAGUAUUAUUAUUCAAGCCUUCUAAAACGCCGCCGUCCUUCGAAUUCGCAGACGGAGUGGUGCUGAUCGAUCCGGACUAUGUGAAGGACAGGAAGGUGUUCGGCCACGUGCUGGCCGCGUUCAAGUACGGCCGAGAGGACCUCGACGUGCUGGGGCUGACCUUCCGCAAGGACCUCUACCUGGCGGCCAAGCAGAUCUACCCGGUGCAGCCAGGAACGCAGCCGAGGGAGCUGACGCGACUGCAGGAACGACUGAUCAAGAAGCUCGGCAGCAAUGCCUAUCCGUUUUACUUCGAGCUACCGCCCCACUGUCCAGCCUCGGUGACGCUGCAACCGGCGCCCGGCGAUACGGGCAAGCCCUGCGGCGUCGAUUACGAGCUCAAAGCCUUCGUCGGCGAGACGCAGGACGACAAGCCGCACAAGCGCAACAGCGUUAGGCUGGCCAUACGCAAGAUCAUGUACGCCCCCUCGAAGCAGGGCGAGCAACCCUCGACGGAGGUCAGCAAGGACUUCAUGAUGUCGCCGAGCAAGCUGCACCUCGAGGCCUCGCUCGACAAGGAGCUCUAUCACCACGGCGAGAACAUCGCCGUCAACGUACACAUAGCCAACAACAGCAACCGGACGGUCAAGAAGAUCAAGGUCUCCGUCAGGCAGUUCGCCGACAUAUGCCUCUUCUCUACCGCCCAGUAUAAGUGCACGGUAGCCGAGGCCGAGAGCGAUAUAGGGGUAGCGCCAGGAUUCACCUUGAGCAAGGUAUUUUCCCUUAAGCCGACGCUUGCCGACAACAAGGACAAGCGGGGUCUUGCUCUUGAUGGGCAACUUAAGCACGAGGACACCAACCUCGCCUCGAGCACCAUGGAGGGCUGCCCAGUCGGUCCGGGUUUCACGCUGAGCAAAGUAUUUUCCCUGACACCGCUUCUCGCCAACAACAAAGACAAGUGGGGACUCGCCCUAGAUGGCCAGCUCAAACACGAGGACACUAAUUUGGCCUCCAGCACGCUAGUAGCGGAUCCGUCACAGCGUGAAAACCUCGGCAUAAUCGUGCAGUACAAAGUAAAGGUAAAGCUUUGCCUUGGAGCUCUCGCAGGAGAGCUGGUUGCGGAGCUGCCGUUCAUACUGAUGCACCCGAAGCCGGAAGAGGAGGAGCCCGCGCCAUCGACAGCACGGCCAAGUCCCACGCAUAAAACCGAAGACGGAGUGGAAGACACCAACCUCAUCCAGCUGGACGAGGAAGCCGACGGUGACGAUAUUAUUUUCGAAGACUUUGCUCGUCUUAGGCUGAAAGGGGAAACGGAUGCCUGACCAUGUACGUCAUGCGGAACGGUACAAACGAUUCGCACGGAGACGGAUGUUCGCGCCAUCGGUUGAUCAUUUUCGAGUCGCGACAAAAACUCAGAAGAAGCCAUGAAAGCGCCAACACAACAAUGGAGAGGAAAGAAAGGGUGAAGACAGUGAACGAAAAGAACAGGAGGAAGAAAGGCAUUAUGAAGCUGGAUAACACGGGCACGAGACACUCUCUUUGCGUUUCCGUUUUUUCCAGUCUUGAAAACCUCAGUUCCCUCUUCUCGUGAUUUCAAGAUCGCGCAUUUUCAGACAGGACAAAGCUGCGACUCGCGAAAUGCUUAAAACAACAAAUUAUCGGUUUCUAGUUCGUUUUUUUUUAACGAUUAGUUUCCUAUUUGUUUAUACGUGUGCUCACUCACAUAGAUGAAAUUUUUCGUAUACGAUUUUAUUGAUACCAGGGCGAAAAACGGCCAGUUUUUAUACGAACGUGCAUGCGCAUCAUUUGGCAUCACGUUGAUAUUUUUUACCGAAUAUUUCGAAUUGUUAUCGAUGCGAUUUUUUAUAUUUUAAUGAUUUCCAUAUCUCCUUUGACAUUCAAACUUCUUUUUCAGUUUGUUUUAGGGAGUCUUUGUUGCGUGUACUAUGUGAUAAAAAUGAUGAAAGUGAGUUCAACGUAAAAAAUUGUUCAUAAAACACGAUAAAUGAAAAUGAAAAUGAAGCUAUUUGUUAUGAAUUCGAGAUAAAGGGCGAUGGUUUUAAGACUGACACCGAAGUUACGCCGAAGCAACCUUAGCCGUGUUAACCGAAGGACUUUUAGAACACAAUUUAUCGAUAUGUAUGCCUGACCACGUGGAACAAAAGAAGCCUAAAUUCUUUUCGUUUAGGAAAAAUUACGUCUAGGGCUUUGCAUCUCCAUGGCUCGUUUGCUCUGCUUAAAUUUUAAGCUCAACACUCACGCUUGGAGCUUGAUUUCUUCUUGUAAAACAAAUAAGCACUGCAAGAUCGCCCUUUGUGUGCGUGUGUAUUCUUCGGUUGGCUCGAUUCGAUGACAGCAGAGGCUAUUUGCUACUAAAGACACGAUUGAAUAAUGUUUGAAUCAUUAAUCUAGUAAAUGUACGCCGUAAACACAAUUACGGCAAGACUUUUUAUCUUUAAAGCAAAAAACAGCUAAAGACAAGGAAAAACACAUUCUUUAUUGUGACUGAAGUAGAAAGGUAGACCGGUUGAGUACAUAGUCAAUAUAAUUCAAUUAACGAAUGUCGCUGAGCAUAAAAUAAUUAAGAAGGAUCAGUUAUGGGAUGAAAAAGUCUAGAUGGAUUAUUCAGAAAUACGGCUGCUUUCACGAAGAGUUUGAAAGUCAUUGGUAACUGCAUUCCAGAUAUAUUUAUAUUGUGCGUAAAAUGUAUGUAUUGCAUUUCCACAAUUAUUGUUGUCAUUGACUGUUCUGGUCAUGAUGGGUAGAGCCGCGUUCUGAAUGUCUGGAUACUUAUUCAUGCACAUGCUUGUGCGUGCACAUAUUUUAUGAACUCUAAAUUUCUUGGAACGAAAGGUCCUACUUUUUAAGCCGAUAAUUACUUCGAUCAGAAUCAACAGUAUUCUCAUUUUAAUUAUCUUACAGAAUCCAAGCAGUUAUCCACACAUGUAUAGUGAUUAUUUUAAUUGAAGCAAAAAAAAGUAGAGUAGCUGAAUCUUCAUUCCAAGCAAUUUAACAAGCAGUAUUUAUUACCCAGUCCUUUUUGUGAAUGAACUCCAAUUUAUCUUGUCAUUGAAGUGCUCUUGUGUAACAAAACAAGUCGCCACCUUUUGCUCUUAUCGUGUUUUCAGUAUACAUGACGUAUGAUGAUCGAGGCUCGACCAUAUACAUCGAUUUAUAAUUCGAGAAAGUAUCCUGAUGGAAUGUGUUAAAAAUGCAUGUGUACAUACGUAAAUCAAUAUAAAAAUAGUAUUUUUUAUCGUUUUAGUACCUAUGGAAUAUAUAUAUAAAUAUACAUAGAUUAUAUAAAUGUAUGCGUAUACAUGCGUAUGUAAAUGCAUGUAUAUGCAUAUAGGUAUAUAUGUAUAUUUAGACUCCAGCUCUAAGCAGUAUGUACGUAUGUAUGUAAUAUACAUAUAUAUAUAUAUAUAUAUAUAAAUAUAAAAUAAUACAACUACUAUAAUGCCAAAGCAAAAAUUUCGCUUUAACGAUUCAUCAAAAGUUAGAAAAAAAAAACUAGCUUUGUUUGAAUGCAAAGCAUUAAUGUGACAAUUGCCCACCGAUACUAUCUAAAAUACUUGUUGAUAAGUAUAAAAUUGUGGAGUAUUAAACCGAAAAUUGCAGUCCAGGAUAAUUAGAUUAAUGAAAUUUGAUUCAAGAAUCAAUUUGUUGGAUAUGAUUUAUUUCUUUUAAUAACACGAAUAGAAAUCAUAAUUUUUAAGUAAAGUUUUACGAAAAAAAGCAUUUUUAAACUCUUUGUAAUACGACGCCCAUUUUUAUUACAGUGAGUAUAUUAUAUGAUGCGCCGAGCAUCAUGUCCACUGUCAUUGCACAAUAUUUUUUAAAAAAUUUUACACGAACUGAAAUGCUAGUGUUUACUUAAAUAAUCAGCAAGGCAUUCAGUAAAGGUACAAUGCAUUAAUUAUUGGUGGCUGAAAUACCGUUAAGAUCAUUUGCGAAAUCAGCGGUUAACGAACUGUCACAUUCAAUAGUUAUACGAAAAUGAAGAUGCAUCUUGACAUUAGGAAUUAGAUUUGUUCAAAUUUUUUUUUCUAAUAACGUCAUUGUUUGUCAACGCUAUAUUUUGUAUAAAAAAAUGUGACUGUUGAGAUUUUUCUAUUAACAAUAACGGUGCUCAUUUUAUGCAGUAAUGCAAUCGUAUCAUCGAACAAAUUCAAUUAUAAAGAAAGUAUAGAUAUUUAAAUGUUUUGAUAAGUUUAAUAAAAGUAACCGACUAUUAAUCAUAGUACAUAUACAUGCAUUGGGGACACGCGCGUAAUUUUCCCAGAUAGUUUAAAAUAUUAAUUGCAUUUAUGUUUUUAACUUAUUUGUGUGAAAGAAAUAGUAUUUAGGGCAUUCAUUAUUAAUUAUUAACGAGCAGAACAAUGAAUGAAGUGAAGGAAAGAUGUUGAAAAAAAAAUAUGUACAUAUAUGUAUACACAAGUGAUUAUUGUGUAUGUAUGUACGUAUUUAUAACUACAUGUACACAUAUAUAUCAAUGUGAAUGUAAAAUUGCAUUGUAUUCUCGUAUAUUAUGACCACGAUAAUGGUAAUUUAAUAAAUCCUAAUUAUUGGGAAAUCACUGUUUA